AUGAGCAACGUGUGUUAUGAUCCCACAUCGGGUGCUCCCGUGCCCUGUGGUGGCUUCACAGGCAAGUGCUCAGCUUUCAUGAGCUUUGAUGGCUGGUACCAGACUCGUGCUCAGCUGGCCCGCGCAGGCUGAAGAGCCACACCACGUGAUCGCAACUGACCCUGCUUGCCUGCGCGCCUCUCUCACUUUCCACUGAACAGUCUACAACAGUUACGUGACCGACCCAGAGUACCAACGCUACUUCACCAUAGCAUGGACUGCAACGCUCGCCUUCGCCACGCUGCUGACGCUGCCGUCUGUCAUCGAAUCGCUGAGGAUGGGCCAAUGGCGCCGCCGGUCAUGGGCUGGUCUCGUGCUCGGCAUCUCGGAGCGUCCUUCCUCGGCGGCGUACCAACGCAUAGAGGAUCGUGCAGCCGAGCAAGAAUCAACCCAAACCGCACCCAGAAAUCCCUCUAGAUCAUUCCUCCACGGCCCCGUUGCCGUCCUUUCCUCCCUUUACGGCACCGUCUCUCGCUUCUCCCUCGGCGCACCCCUCGCAAAACGUUUCCCCCGCCUCGCCUUUCCGUUCGGCAAACUCGUACUCGUGCUCCUCAUCCCUCUCUUCUACCUCCUCACACUCUUCCCCGAGUCACAAUUACGAGAGAACCCCAAUCGAUUUGGCUUCCUCGCCCUCGCCGGGUUGCCACCUCUGUUCCUCCUCUCGUCCAAGAACGGCGCCGCGAGUUGGCUCUUGGGUAAGAGCUGGACCACAGUCAACUUUCUCCAUCGCUGGCUCGCGAGGACGAUCGUGUUGCUCGUUCUUCUUCAUUUCUACUUUUGGACCAUUCAGGUGAGUCAGCUCGACCCCACCCACCUCGUUGAGACAACCUUCCUGACUGCUCACCACCCACAGUACGCCCCCUCGGGAACGGCCGAGUUCCUCUCGGGAAGCAAAGAACGGCGCGGAAUAGGCGCCCUCUCUUUCCUCCUCUUGAUCGCCGUGUCCUCGGCCGGUCCCUUGCGUCGUUACUCGUACCCACUCUUUUUCUGCCUCCACUACCUCGGCAUUAUCGGGUUCCUCACCUUCGUCAAUAUGCACACCAUCUAUGCGCGCACAUGGGCGACCUGGUCCAUCGGUCUCAUUUACGCCAUCGACAUCUUUGCGCGCAUCGUCACCAUGAGGGUCAAACACGUCACUGUCGAACCCCUCGGAGAAGGCAUGACCAAAAUUCACAUACCAUUCGCCCACGAUGGUUGGCGAGGUGGUCAACACGUGCAGCUAAGGUUGUUCUUCACUGCCCCAGGGAGGUCGUUCUGGAGUUGUUUCAGGAGCUUGGAACAACAUCCUUUCUCCAUCGCCAAUGCAUCAUCCUCGACGACGGUCUUGCAAUCCUUUUUGACAUUGGGUGGGAUCGACCUCUACCUCCGAUCAUGUGGACCCACGACCUGGACUGAAGACCUCUACCAAACGGCCUUCCAAGCCCAACAAAUCAGCCAAGCCGACCCGCGUCACUUAGGCAAGAAACUCAAUCUCUUCGCCUUGCUCGAAGGCCCUUACGGUGGACUAGACGCCUUCGACCCGCUGAAGCAAGAAACCCUGCUUUUCCUCGCCGGUGGAAGUGGGAUGAGUUUCGUCUUGGGAACAUUGGACGAAGUGGUUGGGAAUAGAAUUAGGACUCGUCAAGGCGGUCGGAUCGAGGUAGUUUGGGUCGUACAUCGUUUCGAACACGUCGAAUGGUUCCGUCUGCCUCUACAAGCUUUGAUCGAGGCUGCUUCGACAUCGGGUCUGGAUCUCGUCGUCGAUCUUCAAAUUUACGUCACAACCCCUUUUCCCGAUAAAGGCCUCGACUCUGAAACCCCUUUCCAGAAAGUCGUCAACGCCAGACCCAACCUCCCUACCCUCAUCCAAUCCUCCAUCGACGCGACUCUAACCCCUUGUCGACGUUGUUAUCCUAUUUGUCGAUGCGCCGAUCUGAGACAGGAUGGAAUGUGCGGUAAUGAUGACGAGGAAUGUGUUGGGUCAGGGACGGUUGCGAAUCUGAGGGAGUCGAUUGUUGAGUUGGACGGAGAGGGGUGUGGGACAGAGAAGGGGAAGAAGAGCUGUUGUUAUCGAGUCGGUUCCGGUUUGGAGGAGAAUGGGGAAUUGCAGGAAGAGAAGAUGGUCAAACGGGAUCAAGGGUCUGGUUGCUCCAACUCGAACGGAUCGCUGGGAUGCUGUGGCGCCGGUGCCGGCGCCGGUUCGGCCAAGGUUCAGACUCGCGUUGUCGAAGGCGCUAUCAAGGUCCGACAAGGAGGCUACAAGAUGAUUGUUUGUGGACCUGCUUCGAUGAUUGUAAGUCGCGUGCAUCUCGUCAACAUCAUCAGAAAGCAUCUUCUGACCUGGAUCGAAUUUCUCUUCCACAGGUCGAAACCCGACAAACGCUCUCUCGGAUCCCGCUCGCCAAACAAGUCAAGUUGGGUGGCAUAGGCUUACACAUCGAGGCGUACGGAGUCUAG